AUGAUUAGUUUAGUAAAAAGUAUGGUGAAGAGAAUAGGCACUCAUAAUGGACAAUUCCACGCAGACGAAGUCAUGGCUUGUUUCUUGCUGAAGCAAACAGACACUUAUAAAGAUGCAGAAAUAAUCCGAACCAGAGACAAAACAAUUCUUGACACUUUAGAUAUUGUCGUUGAUGUCGGCGAUGUCUACGAUCCUUCUCAGAACAGAUUCGACCAUCACCAAAAAUCAUUUACCGACACUUUUGGUGGUAAAUACACAUCAGUCAGAAUGAGCAGCGCUGGACUUAUCUGGAAACAUUUCGGGAAAGAAGUUUUAUCAAAAUUAACCGAAAUUCGUGACGAAAAUAUUCUUGAUUUAAUGUAUUUCAGGAUGUAUCGAGAUUUAUUCCAAUGUUUAGACGGCAUUGAUAACGGCGUUCCACAGUACAGAAACAGUGAGCACGAGCUAUAUAAAGAAAACACAGGCUUGGCUUCAAGAAUAUCAAGACUUAACCCAUCUUGGAGCAGGCCUGAAGACCCAAUGCCAAGAUUUCUAAAAGCUAUGGAGCUUGCUGGAGAAGACUUUAAAGGAAUUUUGUUUAACGCUUUAGAAGAAUGGCUGCCUGCUCGUGAUAUAGUCGUAAGAUCUAUUUUGGCAAGAGGCGAAGUAGACUCAACAUUAAAAAUAGUCAGAUUGGAGAGGACAUGUCCAUGGAAAGACCAUCUAUAUACAAUUGAAGAAGAAAUGGGAAUAGAUAGAAUCCUUUAUGUAUUGUAUCAGGAUGGAGAUGGCAGAUGGAGAAUCCAAUGUGUAGGGGAAAAUGGAGUUAUGUUUCAGAACAGAUUGUCAUUACCUGAAGCGUGGAGAGGCAAAAGAGAUGAAGAACUUGAGAAAAUCAGUGGAAUACCUGGGACUAUUUUUGUCCAUAAUACAGGAUUUAUUGGUGGAGCGCAGACUUAUGAAGGGGUUUUAGAAAUGGCAAGAGCCAGCAUAAGAAUGCAAAUUAUUUUAGAUUAA